AUGGACAUACAAACUUAUCCUUUUGGGGAUAUCCUUAUAGUGUCCACAAAUGUAUAUCCUAUGGACAGCUUGAUAUCCUGUGCUGUCUGGGCAUAUACCGGGAGGCAUAGAUCUAGAUUAUUAGGAGCAUCUAGCUUCUGGGAUAUCCUAGGAAGCAAGCAAAUUAAAUCAUCAAAAAGAGCGCCUAUACUUCAAGAGACUUCUCUGGGUUGGAUAAUUUCAGGAAACGUGCAAGCAAACUACACGCAGCAACAAUUCAAAACACAUUGUGGCGUAUCUACGGUUGCAGGCAUCCAAAAGCAGUUAGAAAAAUUCUGGCAGAUAGAAGAACACUUUGUCAAUACGCACUCCAGAAAUGCAGAAGGUCGUUUUAUAGUGCAACUACCUACAAAGGAAGGCAUUCAAGAACUAGGGAACUACAACUCCUACAACAUCGCCGAAAAACGACUGAAGGCACUGGAACGCAAAUUGGAAAAGCAACAUGAUAUUAAAAGGCAAUAUCACGAAUUUUUACACAAAUAUCACAACUUAAAGCACAUGUCGGAAAUUUCAACGGAUAAAAUAAAGGAUAAAUUUGCUUACUAUAUUCCGCAUCAUGCGGUAACGAAAGAGGAUAGCAUAACCACAAAAUUGAGAGUCGUCUUCGACGCGUCAUGCAAAACCACGUCUGGACGAUCUCUCAAUGAAUUUCUCAAAGUGGGGCCGAAUUUACAAGAAGAUUUAUUUGAUAUCGUCAUGCGUCUUCGUCAACAUAAGCACUCAAAGGAAGAUCCCGUGCGUGCAUUCGAGUUGAACACAAUUACUUACGGCAUGUCAAGUUCAUCAUUCAUGGCCAUCAGAUGCCUACAAGAAGCAACACACCAGUACAAGGAACAAUAUCCACGGGCAUACGAAGUAAUACUAAAGGACUUCUACGUAGAUGACCUACUAACAGGAGCCGAUUCAAUUGAAGAACUAAAAGAAUUAAAAAGGAAUAUUGUAGACAUAUUGUCAUGUGCAAAAUUUGAGCUCAACAAAUGGAAAUCCAACACAACAGAAAUAGAAGAUUUAGACAGCAGCGAAGCUACAGUCAAACUCGGAGAAGCAACAAAAAUUCUGGGUCUAUGGUGGAACACAAUUACAGACACAUUUCAUUACCGUAUUAAAUUAAAAAAUGAUAAGGAAAAGGUCACAAAGCGCAGCAUACUAUCAAAAGUAGCCGAAAUUUAUGAUCCUCUCAGUUGGAUAGGCCCGAUAGUAGUUAAAGCGAAGAUAAUACUUCAACGUAUUUGGCAAAUAAAUAAAGAUUGGGAUGAAAACAUCACAGGUGAGACAUACACUAUGUGGACUCAGUGGAGGGAGCAAAUUAAGCUUCUCGAAAAUAUUGUUAUACCACGAAAGGUCUUAUGUGACAAUCCCAUAACAACAGAAAUACAUGGUUUCUGUGAUGCAUCGGAGGCCGCAUACGGCGCUUGCAUAUAUUUGCGCAGUCUCAACGCCGAAGGAAAAUAUACAAUGAAGCUUCUAUGUGCCAAAUCGCGAAUAGCGCCCAUAAAAUAA